AUGACGGAAGAAGAAAUUCAAACACACCUCUCAUUCAUGAGAGAGGCUUUAGCGAUGGCGGAACUCGCACUCCAAACCUCAGAGACUCCCGUCGGCUGUGUCUUCGUACAUAACGGAGUCAUUAUCGGGCGAGGCAUGAACGCCACGAACCGAACAUACAACGGCACCCGUCAUGCAGAAUUCAUUGGCAUUAAUGAGAUCCUGACAACUCCUCGAGUAUCUGGGUCUGAGGACAUGAUGUACAGUCCGGAGGUCCUGAAAGAGUGUGAUCUGUAUGUCACCGUGGAGCCGUGCAUUAUGUGCGCUAGUCUACUUAGGCAGUUCGGCGUAAGGAGGGUGUUUUAUGGAGCAAGUAAUGAGAAGUUUGGGGGGACAGGAGGGGUUCUAAACAUUCAGAGGGAGAAUGGAAGGGAGUGUCCAGAAGGAGAAGGGGAAGGUUCGGAGGUGCUGGGUGAAGAGGCUACAAGGAGGAGGCACUGGAGAAAGGAAAAGGAUUAUGAGGUUUCUGGGGGCUGGUUGAGGGAAGAGGCUAUUGUUGUGCUCCGGAGAUUUUAUGUUCAGGAGAAUGAUAGGGCGCCUGAGCCGAGGGCGAAAAAAGAUAGGGUGCUGAAAUUGGAGGUUGAGCGCAUUGUGACUGGAAAGGCAGGCGAUUGA